UCUACUGCAGUUAAAAAUACUUGGGAACCGAGGUUGAGUCCAUUGAUUUUUGACGAUGUAACACAUCUGUGUAAUGUUACGGUGACAAAGUGAAUGAGAAACCCCUUCAUUUUGUGCAUAACCAUCGUAAGAAGGGCUUAUGUGCGCCUCGCCGCUUGAUUUCCGACUCGGGGUGCUCAGUGUUGUCGGGGUUGAGUCCGUUUCAGCUGCACUGCAUCAACAUGGGUGUGAUCGGUGUGCAGCUGGUGGUUACCAUGGUAAUGGCCAGUGUAAUUCAAAAAAUCAUACCUCAUUAUUCCUUCGCAAGAUGGCUACUUUGCAGUGGCAGUCUGCGGUGGUAUCAGCACCCUACAGAAGAUGAGUUGAGGAGCUUAGCAGGGAAACAAAAAGGACAGAAGAGGAAAGACAGGAAAUACAAUGGUCACAUAGACAACAAUAAGCCACUAACAGUCCCCAAGGACAUAGACUUGCAGCUGGAGACAAAAUGCAUCACAGAAGUGGACACAUUAGCAUUGCACUACUUCCCAGAGUUUCAGUGGUUGGUGGAUUUCACAGUGGCUGCAACUGUGGUCUAUCUAAUAACAGAACUCUACUACAGUGUGGCUCAGCCCUCAGGAGAGAUGAACAUCAGUGUGGUCUGGUGCCUGCUUGUGCUCGCCUUUGUCAUUAAGACCCUUUUCUCUCUAACGGCACACUACUUUAAGCUGGAGGAAGGAGGCGAGCGCUCACUCUGCAUUACUUUUGCUUUUUUCUUUUUUGUCAAAGCCAUGGCCAUUCUCAUAGUCACUGAAAACUACCUGGAAUUCGGUCUGGAGACUGGUUUUGCAAACUUCUCUGACAGUGCUCUACAGUUUCUGGAGCAUCAGGGCUUAGAGUCCCAGGGUCCCAUAUCUAAACUCACCUUCAAACUGAUCCUGGCUCUGCUCUGCUCCCUGAUUGGAGCAUUUCUAACUUUCCCUGGUCUGCGAUUGGCCCAGAUGCACCUAGAUGCACUCAAUCUGACCACAGCCAAAUUUACACAGACUCUGCUUCAUAUCAACUUCCUGUCACCUCUUAUCAUGGUCCUGCUCUGGGUGAAGCCCAUUACCAAGGACUACAUAAUGAACCCCACUCUGGGAAAGGAGAGUGUGCCUUUGAUGACUGAGCAGACGUAUGAUACAUUACGGUUAUGGGCCAUCAUACUGCUGUGUGUGCUCCGGCUCGCUAUGAUGCGACAACAUUUGCAGGCCUACCUCAACCUAGCCCAAAAGGGUGUGGACCAGAUGAAGAAGGAGGCGGGACGCAUAAGUACCGUUGAACUGCAGAAGAUGGUUGCACGUGUUUUUUACUACUUGUGUGUAAUCGCACUACAGUAUGUGGCACCAUUAGUGAUGUUGCUGCAUACAACUUUGCUGCUAAAAACCUUAGGUGGACACUCCUGGGUGGUCUAUCCUCAAGAAGACCUGCCUUGCACCCAAGAAAUGGACUUGGACGCUGCAUUGGGGGCAGCACCAAACGCAGCCCCAACACCAGCUUCAGUGGUAGAAACAGGAGCUCGGGCGUCAGUUGUCCAGCUGUCAGUGGCCCUGGGAGGCCUGCAGACUGUCUUCAGCCCCUCGCUUUUCCGGGGCCUCUUCUCAUUCUUUACGUGGUGGAUUGCCGCCUGCCUCUUCUCAACAUCCCUCUUUGGCCUCUUCUACCAUCAGUACUUAAUGGCAGCAUAGCAUCGUCAACCAAGCAGUGGCAACCAGUGUGAUCAGACAGGCAAGUGUAAGGGAGCAACAGAGGCCUACUGAUGACUCUGCUCCACAACUCCUCCCUCCCUCUGUCCACCUCAUAAUGACCGACCAUAUCAUCAGAGCCCCUGGUUCAACUUGCAGUGCUUCCUUCACAGACGACUCUGUGAACUCCUCUCACUGUUUUUACUACUGUGACCACAGCAUUUUUUUUUUUUUUUUUUGGAGAGCAAAUAAAGAUUUAUAAACUUUAAUAUAGACUGAUUACAAAUUAGAAUAGUAUUUGUCAGUGUUGUUGGCACAGUAACGGAAUGAUUGGUCAUGUUUUUUUUGAACGUAGAAGGUAAAAUACUGUAUGUUGGACUGAUCGCAACUAAUUACACGUCAUCAGAUGAGGUGUGGCAGUUUUAGGGGAGCCAAUACGGAGACAAAUAAUUUCUAAUAGUGGUUUAAUAUCCUUCAUAUGUGAUUAAAAACUUUUUACGCCUUAACCAAACCUUUAAAUUACAUGAUGCAUGUCAGAAAGAGUCACAUUUUUUACUCGUGGUUGUUUAUUGGAAAAUUCUUUCUAUAUUGAUGCUCACUAAGACCCUUUGAAACUAGAGUUUACAGUGGAUUACAGCAGAAUAUCAUGAAGUUACUUUGGGGAUGGGAUAUGUAGAGCUCUGAUGUUUCAUAUUUUUAAUGUUUUUGUGAAGGGAGUUCACAUUAAGGGUCAUGGAGCUAUCGCAGUUCACAGUACUACUGAUUUAAUGUCAAUGAAACUACAUUUAGGUUUAAAUUUUUUUUUUUUUUAAUCUAAAUUAACUUUGUUUUUUUUUUCCUCCCUCUUUCUCUGUUUGACUACGUUGUAAGAAGUACUGCCACACCUAGGCCACUCUUAAUAUCCUAAGGUCAAAACAGCCCAGUUUCCUCAAAUUCCCAGAUGUCAUUGCCACGGACCUCAAAGCUAUCAGAAGUCUUAAAAUGAUGCAAAAAGGACAAUGCAUCCAUGUUUGUAGGAGGAGGAGGAAGGAGCAACAUAAGGAUAUUCCAGAAAUGUCUUAUUGGAAUGAGCUGUAAGCUGACAAUCGCAUCCGUUGGCGAAAGAUGGCUAGAGAAUCAACGACCCCCCCCCCCCCCCCCCCCCCCAAAAAAAAAAAAAAAAAAAAAAGAGCUGUGCCUGUAGAGGAGAGAGUGGAGACGUCAAGCUCAUGGGAAGACGUCUGGCUGACUGGAGACGAGUGUAUUUAAAUAUGUCUGACUCUGCCAUCAAGGACAAGUCCUGGUGUUGAAUGAAAGGCGUUCCAAUAGAGUUGUGAUUUUUAAUUUGCAUUAAAACCUGAGCCAUUUUAGAGGAGGCGGGAGAAUGUUUAGCUCUGUUUGAGCAGCGUGAUGAUGUAAAGGGAGGACAGCACUUAAGGCUCAGUCAUGGUAUGUGCUCGUGUCUGUGUCUGUCUGCAUGUAAUGGAUCUCUGUUGUAGGUCAGCUGUAAUCUGAAAGGGCAUUGUGAUCAAGAGGAGAUGAUGUCAACUAGUGUUGAUAAGCUAACGCCUUUUUCUUUCGUUUUUAGUUUUACCCAUCUGUUUGCUUUUUAAAUGUUUUAGAACAAGCUUUUUAUUUUUUUUCUAAUGGUUCAAAUGUGGGUCUGUAAAACUUUUGAUUUUUUUUUUUUUUUUUAAUGGUGCCAAGUGAGUGUGUUCCCCCUUUUUCCAGCAGUUGUAGAUCGGUUUCUGAAACUACAACCCUGGGGCCUUCAGUUUCCCGUAGAUCCAUACUGACAGAGAGGCUUUGAAUUGCUGCUGUGCACAAAAGAAUAUAACGGUAUUUUCAGUGUUCGCAUACUGUCUUUUUUUUUUCUUUUUUUUUUUUGUGGUGGGUUAAUGUACGCACAACAGCCAUGCUGAUGAAGCACUGGGCCGUCAUGGUUAUCCGGUCUAUUCAGGAAUGUAAGGUGCCAGAGUAAUUACAGGUCACAUUCUUCUUGUCAUCUGGCAUUUUCUUUCUUCUUUACAUUUCUUAAUGUCAUAGAGCUGAAUUGUGGCUCUACAAGUUUUGUACAGAACAUGUUUUCAGAAGUCCAGCAGCACUAUUUCACAUUUCCGAGUUGCUAUGUUGAAAGUCUUAGUUUGUGUCGACUUUAAAUGGGGGAAUAUGCACAUAAUGAAUGUAUCAAUCCUGCCUAAUUUUCCAAUUGUUUUCAUGAAAAUUCUUUCUACACCCGGUUGAUUUAAACCCCCUAAAACCCUGCACUUCUAAUCUCUUACCUUGUCUACUACCUGCUAACUGUACCUGUCAAAAAUCACACUUUUCCUAAUGGUAUUUUGUUCUUUUUUUUUUUUUUUAAAUAACUGAUAUGUCAGGGCCUGUAAACAUUUCUAAUUUUAACAGCUUUUUUUUUUUUUUUUUGAGUGCAUGAUGACCUAAAUCAGUUGUGACAAUGUGUUUGACAAAUCAGUUUCUGAUUAACUUUCUUUUGUUUUUCUAAUUUUAUUUUAACAGUCUGUCAGUUGAGAAGUAGCUGGGAUACUUUCAGAGUUUAUUGGCCUGAUGAGGCACUGUUUCUUCCAUUUGUCACCAUGAAAAGUGUUUUAUUAUUCAUUGUUGAUUUCAUGAAGUAACAUACACACGUUCUUUCAUGUAUUUAUUUCUGCUUUUAGAUUUUUGUCUUAAAUAAAUUAUGUUCUUUACUAUGCCUUUUUUUUUUGGAAGGGUCUUUAAAUCAUGACUGCUGUCAUGUCAGGCUUCACAUACAGUAUAGCUUUACAACAGAUUAUUGGAUUGUCCUGUGGAAGACUUCCUCUAGGUAUGUAUUUUUGUGAACGGCAGAUUAACUCUAAAGAUCCCUAAAUCUGUAUUACUCCUAAAUUAAUUAAUUUGUUGGUCACACUCCUCGGAUACUAGCAAUUAUGACCAAAGAGAGAAGCUCAGUUUGUGUAUUUCUUUCACAAUUGGCCACUGUGACAGCAACUGAGUAGAAGUUAAUGAUAAUCCGUACUGUGCAAGAAAGUGACCGACAUCUUCAGAAAUUACAGCUCACCAAAGACGUGCCAGUUCACCAACCGCCCAUUCGACUGACUCCCUCUUGUUGAACCGCUUUUUCUCUCCUUUCCUUUAGAUCAUAACAGCAGUGUAAGUUCUCCAAAUGGUUCUGAGAACAAUAAGCAAGCGUUGGCAUGUUGUGUGUUACAAAACGGUUCACUUGUUCUAGACAGUUCUGUACAUAACAAGAAAAGAAUCUCACAAGAUAAUGAUUUUCUAACAGAUGAACAACGCUGAUUUUAUACCAAGUUAGAGUGUGAAAACUGUCAAUUACUUGAAUAAAGUGGUGGUGAUUUUUA